AUGAUACCUUUGGCCAGGUAUCGGGCUUUGACAAAAAUCCGCCUCCGCAAGGAACCGGAUGUGGCAUCAGAACCAACAGGCGAGACCGUCGAGACCAACAUCUUGCGCUGUGCGAUUUCCAGCUCCAGCCACAGGCAGUGGUUUCUGAAAGCCCUGGGAGCCCAGGCACCGGAUGCUGCAGGUUUGACGCACCAAAACGCUGACCCCCAAAGCUCCGGACAGGGCAUCGCAGGGCGUUGGCUUGGCAAGCCCAUCAUCGAGCCCAUUGAGGUGUUGAAAGUGGGUGCUGCACCACCACCAGUGGCAGGCGGCAGCUCAAGACCUCCCGCACCGUCUGCAGCCUCACAACCACCCCAGCCAGCAAAGGCAGCACCGCCACCAUCCGCAGCCUCACAACCACCCCAGCCAGCGAAAGCAGCACCACCACCAUCUGCAGCCUCACAACCACCACAGCCAGCAAAGGCAGCGCCGCCACCAUCCGCAGCCUCACAACCACCCCAGCCAGCGAAAGCAGCACCACCACCAUCCGCAGCCUCACAACCACCCCAGUCAGCGAAGGCAGCAGCACCACCUAAGCCUACGAAAGAAGCACCACCAGUGGCAGCCACUGAGGGUUCAAAACAGGAACCUCGCAAAACUGCCAAGGAUAGCGCAGACUCCCAAACAGAUCCUGCGGAAGAAGAGUCGGCUUUGAAAGAAGAACUUCAAGAGACUUCUGAGGUUGAAGCCAAACCCUUGGUUCCAGCUGUGGCAAUCGGAGCCACGAAGGCCCAAACCGCCAGGUUGCCUGAUGAGAUACUUGGUGCCGGGUUCGAAUUUGUUCGACUCGCAGCUGACAAGACGCUGCAGCCUCUCACAUUUAUGCUUGGCAAUGGCUUUCCAUGCAAUGCCUUGACAACCAGAGGGAGGGCAUUGCUGGACGUUGAGAGUUCAGACUUUAAAGGUGGCUGGCUCUCCCAAGCAGAGGUGCAGAACAAAGUCGACCUGACGAACGUCCGAUUUCUUGAAACAGGAACCACAAUCGCAGACCUACCUGACUGCAGCGUCAUGGAUUUCCCCCAGGCAAUGCUGGCAGAGCAGCUUGGGAUCGAGGUUCACGGUAUUUUGGGCCAGCCCUUUUUCAAGCAGUAUGACUUGGACCUGGACCGCUACAGGGCCCGCGCAGAGCUAUACCUGCCUGGAGAGGCUUCUACUCAAGGCUUUUACAGUGGUGUGAAGCAUCUUCCUGGUAUCGAGUUACCUGCGGGCAACCUUGGCUUGGCAGUGAAAGGAAAAGCUGUUGGUGAGGCAGGCGAAGACAAUGAGGAGAGCGACUUCGCAUUUAUUGGCCUGGUGGACAGCAGUGCUGCGCACACUGUGCUGAAUUGGGAGGCAGCAAAGCUGCUGGGCUUCGCAGGUCCAAGUGACCCGCGUUUGGCAGCUGCAGCCAAGGUGUUGGCGGCCUCGGCGGAUGGAAGCGCAGAGGAGAUGCCUGUGACUCUAGCUCGUCUGAGCUUGUGUAGUGCACCAGAAGGAGUAAAGCCAAUGCUGCUUUCUGUGACAAAGGAAGAAUGGGAGUCCACUGGUGGCAAGGGUUGGUAUUUUGAGGACCUUUCCGGUGGAGACGUUUGUAUUGAGUUUGGCGCUGUCAAUGUGGCGAUAGGCAACCCGCUAUCACUUUCCGUUCUUGCAGAUUCCAAGAUCGGCCCCUUCACGGGUGCGGCAGCAAUUAUUGGUCAGGACUUGCUCUUUCAGGCACUCUUCCCGGUGAUGUUGUGUCAAAACUGGACAGAUUGCGUUUUAAUUAUCUUAAUUUGUCUCAAGCAUGAAUUGUUUUGA